AUGACCAAGGAGAUUGAGACUCUGAUGGUUCUGCAGAACGAGAGUUUUAACUACCCACGUUACCCAGACAGCUACAUGAUGGAUUCCUGGCCCUAUAUGGACAGCACUGACCUAAACAAAAACGAUUUCUUCUACGACUCCUGCAAGACUCCAAAAGAACAGAGAGUGACAGCCCACAGGGCAAGCACAUACAAACCAUUGGAAAGGACGCCGAAUAGCUCUCCGCCAGAGCUGGCUCCCCUGGAAAACUCCACUGCUCAAAUCAUGAAGAUGCUAUCAGACAGCAUUAACACACCUCAGUCCCAGGAGCUGUUGGACAGGAAGUUGCUUCCCCUGUGCCCGGGGAGGCAGGCUUCCGCUGGUGCUGAGGUCUACAGUCAACCUAAUCCUGCCGAUAACUAUGAUAAACUAGUCCUAAACAACAUCUUCGAAUCUCUCCUUAAUCCUAAAUGGCCAACAGAGACUUCCUACCCAGAAGCCACCACAGAGAACCUACACUGCACAAAUGGCUUUACAGGACAAGCAAGCCCAGUGUAUUCUGACUCAUACACCAAUUCCCCUCCAGAAAGAUUCAGAAAUGAUUUCCAGUUCACAUUGGGUGCUCCACAAGCUUCCCAGCACAAAUCUACAGAGAUCCCCAUGGUUUACCUGAAUAAGGGUCAGUUCUACCCCAUCACUCUACAAGGGGUAGACAGCACUGCCAGCCUAUCCUGCAGCAAAGUGAAGACGGUCAUUAUGGCAGUGUUUGACAAUGAGAAGAGUCCUGAGAUGCAGCUGAAAUGCUGGAAUCAUUGGCACGCACGGCAGCCAACCGUUAAGCAGAGGGUCAUUGACAUUGCGGACUACAAAGAGGUCUUCAGUGGCAUUAGCAAUGUGGAGGAGGUGGCUUUCAAUGCUCUAUCCUUCAUUUGGAACCCCAAUGAGGAGGCCAAGGUCUAUAUUGGCAUCAAUUCUUUGAGCACAGAUUUUUCCUCUCAGAAGGGAGUGAAGGGGUUGCCACUCAACUUGCAGAUUGACACGUACGAUUUUAGCACCGGGACAAACCGGCUCAUCCACAGGGCAGCCUGCCAGGUCAAAAUCUUCUGUGAUAAGGGAGCAGAGAGGAAGAUGAGGGAUGAGGAGAGAAAGAGGUCCAAAAGGAGGGUCAAAAAUGUUGCUGAUUCCACUAACAAUGGUUCUAAUGGAAAACAGUCACUGGUGUCCAGUUCAGUGGGUAAGGACUGCACCUAUUUCAAGACGCUAGACGACCAUGUCACACAGCCUGUCCUGUUCAUCCCAGAGAUGCACUAUAGCAACUUACAGCGCUGUGGCCUGGCGCCUCCAACCAAUCUGGAAGAUACUGACAGGACUCCUCUGAAGCGGGUGAACUGUUACACAGAGACCACUGAUCAGUGCAGCCCACCACCCAGCAAACAGGCCCGACGGGAAGAACAACAGAGAGUAUUGCUAUAUGUAAGAAGAGAAAAUGAGGAGGUCUUUGACGCUCUUAUGCUGAACACCCCAACUCUGCGAGGACUGAGAGAAGCUAUUUCAGAAAAAUAUGGGCUGCAAGAAGACACCAUUGGGAAAAUCUUCAAAAAAUGCAAAAGAGGGAUUUUUGUAAACAUGGAUGACAACAUUGUGGAACACUACAGUAACCACUCAGCUUUCCUCAUUGAAAUCUCUGAGGUGGUUGUGAACCACUUUCAAGUCACCCUGACAGAAUUAUGA